UAGCAUCCCCCCAGAAGUCUCCUCACUCAUCCCCUCUUUCAGGGAAACUGAAAGUGGUGCCUGCCUCCUUGGCCCUGAAGUCAUGGCCUUAGGUAUCCUGUGGCUGGGCCUUGCCCUGCUGGGUGCUCUGCAGACCCAUGCCCAGGAUUCCACCCCAAACCUGAUCCCAGCCCCGCCUCUGCUCUCGGUCCCUGUGGAGCCUGACUUCCAGAAUGAGCAGUUCCAGGGGAAAUGGUACUUCUUAGGAUUGGCAGGGAAUGGAUUCAAUAAAGAAAAGCACAGGAAGAUGAAGAUGUACAUUGCCAACUACGAGCUGAAUGAAGACAACAGCUACAAUGUCACCUCUACUGUGGCCUGGAACCAGACCUGUCAUCCCUCGACCAAAAUUUUCCUCCCAAAUUUGCGUCUAGGCCAAUUCAACCUGGGCAACAUUGAGCGUUACACUGGAAUCCAGAACUACACUUCAAAAGUGGUGACCACAGACUACAACCAGUUUGCCAUACUGUACUUCAAGAAAGUUCACGACAACCAGGAGUACAUCAAGGUCGUCCUCUAUGGGAGGACCAAGGAGGUGCCUUCUGUACCGAAGGCAAUCUUCAUCAGCUUCAUCAAAUCCCUGGGCCUCACUGACGACCACAUCAUCUUCCCUAUCCCCAAUGAUGAGUGCAUGGAUAAGUAAGCAAGUGUGCGGUGCCCUUUGGCUUUCUCUCCACCCCAUGCCCUCCCACCAGCCUGUAUCCAGGGCACCGCCCAGCUGUCCCCACCAGCCUGGACACCAUUGAGAGAGCCAGGGGACCCUCUAACUGCACAGACCACCAG